AUGACCGAGUCGUACCUCCACAACAGUUGGGCACAACUAACGCUGGAAGGUAGGAAGCAUGAGAAGAAGCUGAAGAGAGGGUGCCCUCAGGGUUCUCAGCUAGGUCCAACCCUCUGGAAAGUCGCUAUGUCUGAGCUGCUAGCGUUACCAGCUGAGGACAACAUCAAAGUCAUUGCCUAUGCGGAUGACAUCGCCCUCCUGGUAGGAGCGGCUAGGCAUGAUACGGUGGUAUCAAGAACAGAGAAGUACCUUGACAAGAUCAAAAAAUGGGCUGACACUUACAACCUAUCCUUCUCCCCUCUAAAGACACAGGUGAUGUCAAUUAAGGGAGGAGUGAAGCCAGGAUAUACGGUAGGCUUUGGCACGGAUGAAACGGCUCCGAGGAUAGUAGCCGUAGGUACCGUACGCUAUCACGGGGUAGUGCUGGACCCAAGAGGAGGAUAUUGGUGUCACAUUGAAACCUUGGCCGAAAAAUGGAAAAGCCUAUAUAGUAGGUUAAGGACCCUAACCUCGGCGAACUGGGGCAUAAGCCAAAUGACCUCAAGGACACUAUACAAAGGGGUGUUCCUGCCGAGGAUAACGUAUGCGGCCGAGAUAUGGUCAGGCGGUGCAAAAAUGAAAAAAUCAAUCAAACGACUAGGCAGUACGCAAAGGCCACCUCUACUCGCUAUGACCGCGGCAUACAGAACGGCCUCGACGAACUGCCUCUCAGUCGUGGCAGGGGUGUUACCUUUUGACUUGGAGAUUGAGAAAAGUGCGCUCCAAAGACGCCUGGCAGGAGGCGAGAUUACCCAGGAGCAGCUCACGGAACACGUGGCGAAUAUAUUUACCACAUGGCAGGAAAGGUACGAAGCGACCGAUAAAGGGGAAUGGACCAAGCGCAUGGUAUCCUGCGUGCGGGAGCGGUACAUUCUGCCUAUGCCCUUGGACCACUACACGACCCAGUUGCUGACUUCAAGUCCAAACUGUUUGGGUUCAAGCUAG